AUGUCUUGCGACUGUUCCCUUCCGCACUCUCACUCGCACUCACACUCUUCACCCCACAACACCAUCACUGCUAGACAACCAGCGCCGACUCCCCUUGCAUCAACGAAUACGCUUUGCCGCGCUUGCAGCGGCCCUUGCGCACACUCUUACUCCGACAAGCAAGCCUAUCUGAGUGCCAGCUACAAAGCCAAAGGCAAGCGUACAGCCAGCCGGGACAAGCACGUAGCUUCACCGUCCGAUGACAUCGGUCCCCUAACUGGCGCCUUUGGUCGUGCAUCUUUCUGUUCAACAUCAGCACCAUCACCACAGCCCGAUUUCUUGCCCUGCAAAUCGACUUCAACGGCCAAAGUGGAACCAACUUCGCCAGCCUUGCCCUCUUCUCGACCGCCAGAUCAAGAGCGACGCGUUAGAAGAGCAAGAGAGGGCCCUUCUCGCUCCCUUGCCCCGAGCCCGUUGCGCGCUGCCUUAAACACCUCGCCGACUACGGGCAGCGCAUCUCAAUUCGUCUCGCUGCUAGGUCAGCCCAUCGCAGUCUCCGCCUCCCUCUCUUCGCCGACAAACGAGAGCUCGGCUGUCGCCAAAUGCGCCGUGAUCCCUUCGCUAUACAAGGCCAGUCGUGGCCGCAGCACCAACGUCAGCCCUAGCCGCAGAUGGGACCGGCGCGGCGCUAGUGCUACCGUCCUGAGCGGUGCUAGCGCAAGCGGAAGUGGCGGCGAAGCUGACGAGCCAAGCGACUCAGAGAACGCGAAUCGCUGCGCCAGAUACCGCGUCCGUGCUGACAAUCCCAGAGCAGAGUCUUCCCGCUCGUCCAUCCGCCGUCUAUCGGUGCCCAAGGAGGAGGCUCUCUUCCCUUCCGAUGACGAUGAAACCCCGCCUUUCUCACCCACCGAAGAGAUGAGCGGUCACACCGCUCAGUUUUCCAAGCAACGACGUCGGCCAAGGCGUUGGUCUAGCGUCGAGCGCGACCGUUCACGUGGCAUGCGCAUCCUCCUACAAGAGUCCUCCAAUGAGCUUCACGAUUCUGUUGCAACCCUGCGCGUCUCUCGUUCAAAAGCACAAAGCCGUGGUCGACCCCGCUCAACCCAUCGCGUCACGAGCGCCACCGAGGAAGACGCCUCCGACAUGGAAUCGUCUUCCCUGCCGUCCAGUUGCACUAGUAGCUGCGACCUCGAUUACCUACCUAAGCGUGGUCAGACAAUCGGCAUACCAAUCAAGGAGCACAGAAGCCGCUCAAGCAGUCCAAGCGAAAGCACUCACGAUGCAUCGCUCAGCGCAACAUCUAGUCAGGGCCAGGUCCCUUCUUCUACCGAUGGCAGCGACGACCCCUCGCCCGCUGCAUCUACACCUUCCACCUCGCUCGUCCAACAAAGUUGUUCUGGCUUCACUACGCUCAAACCUAUCGCCGCCAUCUCGGUGACCUCCGACUCUGAUCCUCUGCUUGGCCUCGCCACGCCCAGCAUCGAAGACAUGAUCCAGAUAGACCAAGUCGAAUUCUUUCCCGAAGAGGCGAUAACUGCGCAGCUGGCUUCAGCCCAAAACAAGCGCAAAACAUCGCCCAAACGAACCAAAAUCUCUUCCUGGAUCAUUGGAGACUUUGAGAGCGAGCCCGAGACCGAUGAAGAUCCCAAACCGGCCAAGGCUAGCCUCGAAAGCGCCGUCAAUCGCAGCAAUGCCACCGCGAUCAGCAUAUCGCCGCCAUCAUCUUCACCAAGCAGCUACCAGGCCAGGCUUGCUAGCCUCCAAAGCCAACUACGCAUCUGGUCUCGCACACAAGAUCCUCCUGCUCAGCCAAGGUCCCGCCAAACCUCUGCAGGCUCAGAGGACCACACCGACGCAGAAGCUGAAGCCAAGGAGGUCGAUUCGAACAAUGCCAGUCUUUUGUCCGCCAGUUGGCGCAAUCUAACGCGACUGCCAAAUCUCAUCUUGUUACCUGGUCUUGCUGCAAGGCAAGCACGCGAGUCGCUCGUCUCUGCGUCCAAGACACGGAGCGACGGCCUUGACAGCAGCAAUGAUGGUGGCGACUCUUCCUUGGCUUCGGACAAUGAAUUUGCACAGAUCUACCGGCUUGCAAGCUCUGCACAAGGGAUGCUGGAUGAGAAGACGUUACAAGCCCAACGUCAGAUCGCUCUCAAGACCGGAAGGCCGCCCUCGCCAUCGCCGAGCCCGUCACCCCCGUCUUCCCUGCUGGGCUCUCGCCAGAGUAGCAACGACAGCAUAAGCACUACCGAGAGAAUCAGCGCGUUGCAAAGCAUGACGCGGGCCUCGCGCAGUGGCAGAGGCGUUGCAUCACCGCUCGAAGCCGAUCGUGACCCGUCUGCCUACGUGUCUGGUCUUGGCCAGCCUAUCGAUCCCGAUACCGAACUUUCAUCUGUUGUCCAACUGCAGACUUUUCGUAGUCGUAGCAGGAGUAGGCCCGCAGAUCCAAGCCAGAAGAAUCGAGCUGCAGACGAGCCACGCAGCGCCUCCCCAUGUCAUUCCAACGAGCCUGGUGGAUACGAAGAAAGGCAUGCACAGCUGCCGCCUGUGAAGCUUGGGCAAGCCAUUGAGUUGGAAUCGACUAGCCAACAAAUGACGGGUGCCACUUUCGCGGCCAAAGCAUCUGGACAGCUCACUGUCCAGAUCCCGCCGCCAAGCAUAGAAGUACGAGCCACAAGGCUGCGUCGAGGACGGCAAGACGUUUUUGGUGAAGGCCGCGCACCUACCGACAUUGCAUCUGCGCCCACCUCACCGACAUAUCGCCAGAGGACAUCGUCUUCAUCGACAACCACUAGCGGCGAUGACACAGACAGUGCUUUAUCUCCGUCAAGUCACGAUCGAAGCAAUGGAGGCGCAAUUGCGGAUGCAGAUGCAGAUGGCUUUCGUGUUGUUCGACGCCGACAUCGUCGAAGGUCAUCUGGUCCAAGAUCGCUUCGCCCCAAAGUGGAAGCGCUGGUUCCACACGGUUACUCUGCUUUUGCCAUCAAGGAGGGCAACGAGCAUGCAGAAGGUUCUGACUCGGACGGCGAGACGACCCCAUCGCCAACUCCAGCUCGUCGAGGUCGAGGUGGCCGUGGACGUGCAUCUUCGCCUCGUAGAUCGACGCGUCAAUGUGCCGUAGGCUUGUUUGGUGGAGGUAUGUCGGAGGUUGCGUCGUCAACGUUUCCGGAGUCAUCCUUGUCGUCCUCUCGAUCGCGUAGGAGCGGGCGCAGCGAAGCUUCGCACCUCAGCAUGUCUAGCCCGAUUCGCAGCGUGCGAUCUUCACCCGACCUCACUUAUGCCGCAGCUGCUGCUGCCGGCUCUGCUUGUGAAGGUGGUGCAGACGGUCCAAACCAGAUCGAUGAGGAUCCUUCCCCACCGCGUGGUUCCAGAGGCCGUAGGGGUGCGGUGAAAGUAGUCGCGUCUUCGGUUGGGCAACGUGCACCACCUCCGCAGACUUUGCUUCUCAGCGGAAUGGAGGGGUUGCGUCGCGGGCCAUCGUACCCACCUCGUGCCGGAGAGCGACUGGAAGAUGGAGGUGGAUUUGGCUCAGACUUUGGUGAAGACGAGGCGACGUCGGCGGCGUCCGGACUUUCGGCGCAAGGCGGACGUGGACGAAUGGGCUCGAGUGGCACGUGUGGCGGUGUUUCGCCGCAGCCUUUGCGCUUCCGACUAUUGAGCAAUUCAUCGCAUCUGCUCAUGCUAUCGCUGGAACUCGCCAUGAUCAAAAAACAGAAGAUCUCAGCGCCUCUCAAGCCACGCUGGGGCAAACAUCGCGCCAACGACUUUAACCCUCUGCCUUCUACAACUCGCAUCUCGUCAUCAGCCGCACUGCACGCUUCGUCCAAGUACCUGCGCUCGCCCUUUCCGACUUCGCGCGACGGCGACGCGGAUGCAGACGCGGAAGCGGUCGAGUGCCAGGAAGGGGCGUGUGCGCCUUGCGACCAGGACCAGCGUCAAGCAGUGACGUCAUUGGAGUAUGUGGCUGAAGCCGCGGUGCGCGGAUCGCGCUCGUCUGUAGCUGGCGCACUCCGCGAUCCAGCUAGCAGACUGCGCUACUCGUGGACUAGCACAGAUCUAGCUUCCACGUUGGACUCGGCGUCGCUCUCCACUUAA